AUGGAAGAAGCAGGUCCAUCAUCUAAAAAAGGACAACAACGACGCGAUGACAACAAGCGCCCUCUCCAGGAAAUUGCAUUAUCGUUUAUUCAUCGGGAAGGGAACAAAGGUAUCUGUCGUAUUGAAGAGAGCAGCGGAUGUACCUACGUCCAAACGACUAUGGAUGUCGGUAAUUUUAUCCGUCAUUUCCGCACAAAGCAUACAGAUGCUGCGAAUAAAUGUGGCUUGCUGAAAGAAACUGAUGCUAGCGCCAAGAAGCCAAGACUGGUGUCCAAACGAUCCAUAGCCAUUGAUACGCCGCUGUACAUGGACUCUAUUGUCAAAUUAUUGACCUACCAUCAACUCCCUCUUUGCUUCGUAGAGUGGGAAGGGAUGAAACAACUCAUGGACCCAAUAUCUGCUGCACUUGGUGUUACAGUAAACAGAAACAAUGUAAAGAUAAUCACGCACUCCGUCACUGAUCAAAUUCGUAAGGGUUUAAGUGAUGAACUGAAGAACAGGUUGAUUUCACUGAAAGUUGAUUCAGCAUCACGAUUCAACCGACACGUUCUCGGCAUAAAUGUCCAGUAUUUUUUGGAUAGCAAAAUCGUCAUUCGGACAUUAGGCAUGAUUGAGAUAAAAAAACGACAAACGGCAGCUUUUUUGAAAAUUAAAAUUUUAAAGGUUCUUCAGACAUACGGAGUUACUGUUAAGCAAAUAUUUUCGGUAACAUGCGACAAUGGAGUCACUCCGAAACUCUGGGAUUUCAUUGAAAAUUACGUUCAAGCCUUCGAACCUCUUUACAUUUGCACCAAAAAAAUGCAAGCAACUCACGUUUCGUUGCCAGAUUUUUAUUUAUCAUGGCUGAUGGCAAUCAACGAAGUUCAGAAGAUGUGUUCGAAUCCGUUUGCUCAGCCACUGACUAGAUCCUUAACAGACCGCCUUGGCAAGCUAGAGAAGUCACAAGCAUUUCAAAUGUCACUGUACAUGGAUCCACGUCUGAACUAUUUGAAUUCAAAAUUGUUCAGCAACGAUGAGAAGCAAUAUAUACAGAUACGAUAUUACACGUAUCUUAACUGCAUUAAAGACACCUGGAACAGGAUCAACCAACUAAAACCGUCUACAUGUUCCAGUGAAACAGUAGAAAACGAGACCAACAGCAGCAGCCAAUUUGACGAGUUCCUCACCGAACUUUUUGGUGGAACUCUGUCGAACACGGAAAACUCAAAUGACUCUUCGUUUGAGCAACAGUUAAGAGCACUAGAUGCUGAACCGCGACAAAAUCACUCUUUCGAUGUGUUUCAAUAUUGGUUGAUACGACGAAAGACUCAUCCAGAACUCUUUGAGGUAGCCAUGGUUGUGCUAGCAACGCCAUCAAACCAGGUGUCUGUAGAGCGUGCAUUUAGUGCACUUGCGUUGGUUCUAUUAUCUCACAGAGCUACCUUGGGGCAUGGUGCAUUGGAGGACAUUUUACUAGUAAAACUAAAUCGAGACAUUUUUGAGAAGGUAUCUGCAUCAUGCGAUUGGUCUGGCAUUGUAGGGUGUGCUAAAUGA